CCCGCUGCGAGGGCUCCGCAAGCCAAGGAGGGUAGCGCCAGCCCGUUGACCUUGCGGUUGCCCCACAGCUAGGGGGCAGCACCAGCAGGGGCCGGAGACUCCCUCAGCCAAGCCGCGGCUCUAGCUUGCAGGGCCCUAGAGCUGGGCCGCCCCUCGGACCUCGUUGCCACCCCUGGAUGCGUGUUAGGACGGGCACCGGUGGGCUCUCCCCCAUGGGCUGACAGCAUGCCUGUGCGGCGUGGGCACGUGGCCCCCCAGAACACGUUUCUGGACACCAUCAUCCGCAAGUUUGAGGGACAGAGCCGCAAGUUCAUCAUUGCCAACGCACGUGUCGAGAACUGCGCCAUCAUCUACUGCAACGAUGGCUUCUGUGACCUCUGUGGCUACACCCGUGCCGAGGUCAUGCAAAAGCCAUGCACCUGCGACUUCCUGUAUGGGCCGCGCACGCAGAAGACCUCCACAGCACAAAUUGCACAGGCUCUUCUCGGCUCGGAGGAACGCAAGGUGGAGAUCUGCUUCUACAGGAAAGAUGGCAGCUGCUUCCUGUGUCUGGUGGACGUUGUGCCCGUGAAGAACGAGGAUGGAGCCGUCAUCAUGUUCAUCCUCAACUUCGAGGUGGUGAUGGAACGUGACCUGCUGACCAGCCCUGUCAAGAACACCAACCACUGGGUCCCACCUGCCACCUGGCUGCCCACAGGUCGCGGCAAGUCCUUCCGGCUGAAGCUGCCGGCGCUGCUGGCACUGGCCGGGAGCAAGCAGUCCCUCCCCCAGGAUGACCCAGACGAAGCCAUGGUGGUGGUGGACUUCUCCAAGCACAGCAGCGAGUCGGUGGCCCUGGAUGAGGUCACGUCCUCCCUGGACAACAACUGUCUGGGGUGUGGCGAGCCCGAAGACCAGCAGGCCUUGAUGGAGCGCGAGGGGGGUGGCGGCUUGGAGCCCCCCAUCACCCACUCCUCACCACGGACUGAGAAAGCCCGCCUGAACCUGGAUGCCUCUUUCUCCAACUGCAGCCUGAGCCGCAGCCGCUCACGUGAGAGCUUCUACAGUGUGCGACGGGCCUCUUCCGUGGACGACAUCGAGGCCAUGAAGGGCGAGGGCGAGAAGGGGCGGGGCCACAGCCGCCACGCCAGCACAGGCGCCAUGAACAACAACAUCCGCAGCCACCUGCUGAACUCCACGUCAGACUCGGACCUCAUGCGCUAUCGGGCCAUCAGCAAGAUCCCCCAGAUCACCCUCAACUUCGUGGACUUCAAGGCCGAGGCCUUCCUCACAUCACCGUCCAAUGAGAAGGAGAUCAUCGCAUCCAGCAAGCUCAAGGACCGCACGCACAACGUCACCGAGAAGGUCACCCAGGUCCUGUCGCUGGGUGCCGACGUCCUCCCGGAAUACAAACUCCAGGCGCCACGCAUCCACAAGUGGACAAUCCUCCAUUACAGCCCCUUCAAGGCGGUCUGGGAUUGGCUGAUCCUCCUGCUGGUCAUCUACACAGCUAUCUUCACGCCCUACUCAGCAGCCUUCUUGCUGCACGACCGUGAUGAGCAAGAGCGCUGGUUCUGUGGCUACUCCUGCAGCCCCCUCAACGUGGUGGACCUAAUUGUGGAUAUCAUGUUCAUCAUCGACAUCCUGAUCAACUUCCGCACCACUUACGUCAACUCCAACGAGGAAGUGGUCAGCCACCCGGCCAAGAUCGCCAUCCACUACUUCAAGGGCUGGUUCCUAAUCGAUAUGGUGGCUGCCAUCCCUUUUGAUCUGCUCAUUUUUGGUUCUGGAUCUGAGGAGACCACCACUCUGAUUGGGCUUCUGAAGACGGCCCGGUUGCUGCGGCUGGUGCGCGUGGCCCGCAAGCUGGACCGCUACUCAGAGUACGGGGCGGCCGUCCUGUUCCUGCUGAUGUGCACCUUUGCCUUGAUCGCCCACUGGCUGGCCUGCAUCUGGUACGCCAUUGGGAACAUGGAGGACAAGACCAUUGGCUGGCUGCACUCCCUCGGCAGCCAGAUCGGCAAGCCCUACAACGAGACCAACCCCCGCAUGGGCCCCACCAUCAAGGACAAGUACAUCACGGCCCUCUACUUCACCUUCAGCAGCCUCACCAGCGUCGGCUUUGGCAACGUCUCUCCCAACACCAACCCAGAGAAGAUCUUUUCCAUCUGCGUCAUGCUGAUCGGCUCACUGAUGUAUGCCAGCAUCUUUGGGAAUGUGUCAGCCAUCAUCCAGCGGCUCUACUCGGGGACGGCACGCUACCACACCCAGAUGCUGCGGGUGCGGGAGUUCAUCCGCUUCCACCAGAUCCCAAACCCCCUGCGGCAGCGCCUGGAGGAGUACUUCCAGCACGCCUGGUCCUACACCAACGGCAUCGACAUGAACGCAGUGCUGAAGGGCUUCCCCGAGUGCCUGCAGGCUGACAUCUGUCUGCACCUGAACCGCAGCCUGCUGCAGAACUGCCGGCCCUUCAAGGGCGCCACCAAGGGGUGCCUGCGGGCCCUGGCCAUGAAGUUCAAGACCACCCACGCUCCCCCGGGGGACACGCUGGUGCACGCAGGCGACGUCCUCACUGCCCUCUACUUCAUCUCCCGCGGCUCCAUCGAGAUCCUGCGUGGCGACGUGGUGGUGGCCAUCCUAGGGAAGAAUGAUAUCUUUGGGGAGCCGCUCAAUCUGUAUGCGCGUCCAGGGAAGUCCAACGCAGACGUGCGCGCACUGACUUACUGCGACCUGCACAAGAUCCACCGUGAAGACCUGCUGGAGGUGCUGGACAUGUACCCAGAAUUCUCUGACCACUUCUGGUCCAACCUGGAGAUCACCUUCAACCUGCGUGAUACAAACAUGAUCCCAGGGUCACCUAGCAGCGAUGAGAUGAACAGUGGCUUCAACCGGCUGCGCCGCCGCAAACUCUCCUUCCGCCGGCGCACUGAGAAAGAUGAGGAGAAUGCGAGGGAAGCAAAAGCCCAGCAGAAGGCGCUGCAUGUGGGACAGAACUGCCAGGUUCCAGGGGCCCCCCGUGGGCCCCCCAAGUGGAAUCCAUGUCUCAGCAGCUCGGUGGCUUCCAGCCCACCCUCCAGCGACGAGGAGGAGACCCCCGUCCUUGUCUCCAAUGCCACAGAACUGUCCCCUUUCCACUCCACUGAGCCCCCUGGCGACCCCUCCUCCCUCGCAGCUGCAGAACACAAAGGUGGCGAUGCAUGCAACCCACUCUCAGGGGCCUUUUCUGGCAUGUCCAACAUCUUCAGCUUCUGGGGCGAGAGCAGAGAGCGGCAGUACCAGGAGCUUCCCCGCUGCGCCAUCCCUCCGCACCCCACUCUCAACAUCCCCCUGGCCAGCGCCACCCCCAUCAGCCGACGGCAGCACUCUGAGCUGGAGAGCCGGCUGGACCUGCUCCAGAAGCAGCUGAACAGGCUCGAGAGCCGCCUGACCGCAGAUGUGGCAGCCAUCCUGCAGCUCCUCCAGCGCCAGGCAGUGCUGGUGCCACCUGCCUACAGCACCGUGUCCUCUCCGCUGCCUCCCCAGCCGCCGCCACUGGGCCCUCCUGAGGGAGGCCAAGGGGAGCACCCCCAGCCGGGCACUGCCAGCCAGCCCCAGGCACUCCACACCCCAGCUCAGGUUCCCCAUCUCCCGGCGCCCUACCUGGACUCUGCGCACCAUCCCAGGGAUGUGGUCCUGCUGGUGGAGCCGCCUCUCCCCCCCCCUCGGCGCCUUUCCCUCCCGGGACAGCUGCUCACAGCAUCACUGGACGUGUCCACAGACUUGCACAGACCCUGCUCAGACCCAGGCAGUUAGUCGGCUUAGGAGGAGGCCUGAGCGGAGGGCCUGUCUGGGAGUUGGAACUGCCCCCCCCCAUAGUGGGCAGGGGGCACCGUGAGCCCCGGGAUCUUCCGAGGGCAGUGAUGGCUGCACUGGGGCGUGGGCAGGGCAGGGACAGGCCCGUGCCCCCACCACAAUGUUAGCUGGCCUAAUGGGUGGGCCAGUCACUGUGGAGACUACCAGCUUAUCGGCUGGCGGGGACUGUUACAGACAGACUGGUUGCUUGCAGGAAUAGUGAUUAUAAUGAAUAGUAAUGAAUAAUAUUAAUACUGAUAAGGGUUAGAAUCCCCCUUGUGACCCCAAACAUCUCCCCCAAGACCAGCAGGGCAUGCAGAGUCACCCAUGGGUCCAAGAGGGGUGGGGUGGGGGGUGGAGAGAAGCCAAGGGCCACCCAACCCCAAGUAUGUUCAAGUUGCAAGGAGAGGGUUGUAUGUUUCGGCCCAACGUGUGGCAUUCAGCCUGGGGCCCUGAGGGAGUGUGGGUCUCCCUCUCCUGCUGCCCCUAGGGGCCCUUCCGGGCUUUUGUGUCUCCCAGCCCACCCUCGCUAUGUGUGCCUGCCUGCCUGCCUCUCUGUGGCCAAGAGGUCUGUGCCUGGUAUCUCUGUGACUCACUUGCAGCCAUUGCCCCUUUGGGUGUGGGCACCUAGAGCCAGCCAGCCAUCGGGGGUGGGGGACCAUGCACAUGCCUCCCUCCGUGCCCCCCUCCGGACCUAGUCCUUUCCCAUUGCCCCAGUCCCUCUGGGUUUCUCACCAGCCAUCCCUGGGGGAUAGUUCUUUUUGUGGGGGGUGGAGUUGGGGGGACAGCUCUAUCUCCACUAGCUGCGGGCUCACCUUAUCCCGCACCCCCCGGAGACAGGCCGUGGGGCUGCGGGAAGGCAAACCAAGCCCUGACACCCGUGCAAUGCCUUUGAGGGGGUGGCAGCCGAGCACAGAGGCCGGGGGGGGGGCGAUGGCGGGGAGACCCCACCCCCAGAGAGAGCAGGAAUCAAGGGAGGGCCUGAACUGGGACAGCAGGUGGCGCUCCUGAGCCAAGGAGGUGGCCAGCCAGUGCACAGCAGGCACGGCCAGAGGGGAGGCCCCAAUGGGAGAAAGGCAACCCGCUGUGGGGCGGCCCCAUUCCAUGGCUUGUGUUCUUGUAGGUGGACAUUCAUUCUCUGGGUCCUCUCCAGGUCUUGCAGCUGUUGUCUUCAUUCUUGGCACCCCACCUGCAAGUUUCACCCUCGGUGGCUGACUUUGCUCCCAUUCCUCUGCAUUAAUAGUUUCUGACUGUCAUACCCUUUAUCCUCACUGUCAGUGGGGGUGGGGUGCCACUUAGGCAGCCUGAGGUGAUCCUGGCCUCUCCCCCACCCCUUUAUGGCAAAACAUCUGCAGCACCUUGGAAGCAAGAGCUGAGGGGUGGGGUAAGGAAGCCACGCUGGAUGCAACAUCUCUUGCCCUGCCCCAAAUGGCUACGCCCCUGCCCCCUUCCUUGGUUCUAAACUGUGGAAGUGGGGGGGAGGCAGGUCUUGUUCCAUCAACGGGGGCUCUUGACGCCCCCUUUCCUUGCACACCAUGGGUGAUCCAACGGGCCUCGUGGCCUCACGCCCUCCUGGUUCUGAAUGCAUGUGACAACCCCCCCAAUCUCCCCCUCCCCGCAUGCUGUAUUCAGCAUUAGCAACUGACGCCCAAUAAACCAGGUUGGAUGCCUGCCUCCCGCUGUGUGUGUGUUUGAUCCACCUGCGUAUGGCAGGAGGGGGGGGAGGGUGCCUUGCCCAUGUAGUUGGUGAAAACGACGAUUGGGGUUUGGGAGCCCCAAAGCAGAGGCAGCACCCCUCAGGUUGUGCACAGCUGUGCUUUCUGCAAAAAAUGGGACUGGAAACAGAUGCAGGCAGGGAGGGCCUUGCUAUGCAUGGAAAUUCCUUGGGGCUAAUCUGAAGGCGUGUUGGUUUCAUGCUAUGGAGCACAGUGGGGAGGAGAGCCUGGCUGGGAGUCCAGAGACUGAAUUCAAAUCCCCGCUCGUGUCUCCUGGGUGUCAAGGGCCAGCUAAAGAUCACCCCCACAGGGAGUGGCUCAGGGGUCACGUGCCCUGCCACCUGUGCAGCCGUGGGCAAGCGGCAUAGUCCCAAGGAGUCCAGUUGCCCCCC